AUGAAUCAUAUCAGCAUCUUAGAGGAAGUAGAAAGACCUACUAGAAGUGAUAAAGCAGUGAAGAGAGGUCACUUUGUGAUUGACAAAUUAGAUUCAUAUAAUGUAGCUAUAGAUAUUAUGAACCAAAGG